CUCUUUAUGGGGAUAGUUCCGUUGUCGCUAUUUAUUCUGUAAAUCUCGGUGUUUACUCUGUCAAAUCAUCCAGUAAGACGACGUGCAUACGCUGCCGUUGCAUCAAAUAUCAAAUAACUUUAGUCUUCGAAGUCUCCGUAAACUCCCCUUGCCCCUUACCGCAUCGCCCGCCAUGACCCGUAAAUCCGCCUCGAUGCACCGUGUGCCGUCGGCCGGCGGGGUCGAACACAGAUACCCCCAAGGCCACCUGGGCCACCUCAACGACGUCGAACACCACGCCCUGAAAGACUUCAAAGUCCUUCUCGAAGAGAAAAAACUCUACACGCCCGGCCCGCCGCCCUCGCACGAUGACCCGACCCUCCUCCGCUACCUGCGCGCGCGCAAGUGGAUCGUGCACGACGCCUACGCACAAUUUAGCGAGACGGAGAAGUUCCGCGCCGCCAACGAGAUCGGGGUCCUGUACGAAACCAUCGACAUCGACGCGUACGAGGUGUCCAAGAAGCUUUAUCCCAUGUUCACGGGGCGGCGCGACAGAAGGGGCAUACCCAUCUAUGUGUACCAGAUUCGACACCUCGACUCCGCUGCCGUGGCCAAGUACGAGAAGUCGACCAGUUUGGCGUACAGCAAUGCUAAGACGGAUGGAAAGACGCCGCCCAAGUUGCUGCAGUUGUUUGCCCUCUACGAGAACCUGACGCGGUUUGCGCAGCCGCUCUCCACCCAGUGCACCGAUCGCGAACAUGCUGAGACGCCAAUUACGCUCAGUACGAACAUUGUGGACAUCUCGCAAGUCAGUCUUAAGCAGUUCUGGAACUUGAAGUCACAUAUGCAGGCGGCUAGCCAACUGGCCACGGCGCACUACCCAGAGACUCUUGAUCGCAUUUUCAUAAUAGGCGCUCCGGCUUUCUUCUCAACGGUAUGGGGCUGGAUCAAGCGGUGGUUCGACCCAGUCACCGUGUCGAAGAUCUUCAUUCUCGGACCGGCCGACGUACAACCUGUGUUGUACUCCUUCAUCGACCCCAAGAACCUCCCAAAGGCGUACGGCGGCGAGCUGGACUGGGACUUUCAUGAGGAGCCGAAUUUCGACGACGAAUUCAAGCGCAUAGUGACAUGGGAGAACGGCCACACGGCAUUACCACCCGGUCCGAUGUAUUGGCAACCGUAUGGCGACGGGACGCGACUGGAGCUUGUUGCUGUCGGCAGCAAAAACAAAAAGCAUCGGAUGGAACGAGUUGCUACGAUCCCCGUUGCUUUCCCGGCGAGGAAGGGGGCGGAGAGUACUAUGACCGAAAGUACUACGACCGAGAAUACCGCGGUCGAGUCGAAGUCUGAGGAGACGGUGUUGACACCUGUAACCAAUGGACAGAAGGCAUCUGAAGCAUCUGCAGAGGACCUUCAAAUACUCUUCAUUGGCGAUGCAAACAAGGAUAAGGCGUCCGACGUUUCGGAGAAAGUGGCCGCUGAUCCUGUUCAAACCAAGGAAGCCGUUGUGGUAACAUGAUAGAUGCUCUUUCUCGGCGGUAAGGA